UCAUGUUUUGAUAUUUUUAUACCAUCAAGGUAUAUAGUUUUACCGAAAUAUGCAGUGCGUAUAACCUCAAAAGAUAGUGUUUAGAUAGUUCUUAAAUAAUACAAUCAGCGUUAAGUGUCGACGUGUAAAAUGGCGUGGUUCGGUGACGGGCUGCCUAGUUUGUCGAAUUUAAAAGGACAAUUAACAAACUUUACGAAGGAGGUCUUAUCGGAGGGCAUUGUAGAGGAAAUAGACGAACGAUCGAAAGAAUUAAACGAAGCGAAUCAGAAAUGUGUCGAAUUGCAAGAAGUUCUCAACUCGAAGGACGCCGAAAUUUCGCUGCUGCGUCGACAGAACUGCGAACUGCAGAAAGCUGUUGUCGAGCUGAACGCGAAAACAAAGGAUUCGAACGAUAGCAAUCAAGAUGGCGAGGAUGAGGUGUUCUUCUUUUGGGACCCACCGUCUACGAAAAAUCGAAAUUCGAAAAGUCAGAACCACGUACGGCAGUUGCAAGAACAAUUGGCACAAGCCACCAUGAAAAUAAGGGAUUUAGAGUCUGAAGUUAAACGAAUUCAAAAGGUUAACAAUUCCUCCUUGAAGGAUGAACUCACCGAAGAACACCAAAAAGCGGAGUUCAUAAGGGCCAAGCAGGACAUGAUGAAUCGUAUAAUACGAAUGGAAGAAAAGAGCCGAGAGGCCGAGAGGAACUCGAAACGCAUGCAAUCGGAUGAAGCGGCGUUGAUCAACGAUUUCCGUACGGUGCUGUCCAAAUUGAACUCCCUCGAGAAGCUGGAUUUAGUCCGGGGCGCGCUAAAAGCGCUGGAAACCGAGAACGAGAAGUACAGCGAGGCUAAUAAGCAAGAGAAGUCCGACUUCGACGAGAAGUUUAAGAGGCCUAACACCGUCGACCACGAACCCGUCGCGUUCAAGACCAAUUUCGACGUGAACUCGAAGAAUCGUGUCCGUCACGAUGGAUUUAUCGAAGCCUCGAGCAACAUGGAAUCCGAAUUGUACAAGAAGAUCGAGGAACUUCAGGAAGAAAACAAAACGCUGUUCGCCAGUGUCGAAGAACUGGAUCAGCAGCACGAGGAAUCGAUAGAGAAACUGUUGUCCCUCAAGGAAGAGAUCGAGAAGAAACACGAGUGCCUUCAACACGCUUACGAGCAACUUUACGUAGACUACAACCAGGCCCAGGACAAGGUGGCCGAAUUGGAAGGUAAACUAGCUGGACCUGGCAAGCCGGUACGGACAGAAGCUGUCUCCCGUUCUGUACAGAUUAACGGCUUGGGGAACGUAGACAAGCACGUGCAGACGAAUGAACCGGAAUCGGAAGAAGAGGAAACGAGCGAGGAGCAGGCGGCGAGAAGCGACGUCGACGAAUUAACCAAGAAGGUAAAGGACAUUUUGAAGGGUUCCUUUGUUGAGGUAGAGACGAACGAGUCGAUUUUCGAGACCCUGGCGAGGCAGUACAUCGACGUGAAGUGGAAGAAGGACGUGGUGGAGAAAUGGGUGUCGGAGCUGAACAGGGAGCUAAAGGGUGUUGUAGAGAUGAAGGAAGAUCUGCAGCUGGAGUGCAACAUUAAACAGUCACAUAUCGAUAUACUGUUGCAGGAGAUCGAAGAUUUAGAAUCAAAUUUACCGUCCAUACCGGAGGCGAACGAGGAACGCGUCGCCUCGCUGGAAUCGGAGAUCGAUUCGUUGCACGAGGAGGUGAAGCGUCUUCAGACGGAGAAUGCCACGUUGCGAAAGAAAAACUCGUUGAGAAAGAAAAACACGAUACUACGAGGGACUGGUCCAAACGAGACGCGUCUGAAGAAUCAGGCCCACUCGGCGGCUGCGUCUCGGGUUAAGAUAUCAGAGAGACUGGAAAAUAUUCCGGAGGAUAUCGAGGACACCUUCAACACCAUGGAGAAUCUUAAACGGAGGUUGCACACAGCUCUGGACGAGAAUGACGAAUUGAGGAAGAAAGUCGAGCUAUUGGAGAGCACGGUGAAAGAGACGCAGGAACAACUGAGAAUGUCGUUGGAGAAGUGCAAAGGCUUGGACGAGAACAUCGAGUUCAUCGAGGAGCUGAAACUCGACCUGGAGAAUGCGAGGCGUGAAUUAAAGACGUCAACCUCUAACGCGAAACAAUUGGAGAACAAUUUGACUCUCCUGCAAGAUGAGAAGAACGGGGUCCACAGAGAGAACGAGGAACUGUCCCGGAGAAAUAAGGAGUUAGAGACGGAGAUCUCGCAAUGGCGUGAGAACAACUCAGAGACAGGGAAUAAGGAUACGUUGGAAGAUCUUCGGGAAGAAGUGAACAAGCUGAAUAGCGACAGUGAUAGGUUGAAACGCGAUUUAGCAUACAUGAGUAAAGACUUGAACGAGGCAUUCGACCAGAUAGACUCCAAGGAGAGUUUCAUUGCUAGACUGAGUCAAGAGAACAAAAGUUUGACGAAGGAGAAUAGUUCCUUGUUGGAACAGCUAACUAACAUUCAGGACAAGUGCAACGAUAAAAUUGCUAUUGUAAAUAGGGAAAAGAAUUCGCUGGAGGAAGUAUGGUCAAAUUUGAAGGAGAAAAUGAUGGUUAGGGAGGGAGAAUUAGAGGAUGUUAGGAAACGAUUGGAGAGGACGGAAGCAAUGCACGAGACGUUCACGAGCGAGUACCGACGAACGAAAGAAGCCAAUAUGGAGCUUCAAUUAGAGAAUACAAAUCUGAAGAAUGAGGUAAUGAAAUACACGGAGUCGAAUAGUGAAUCGACUGAAAAGUUACUCUCGAUGCAAAACGAUUAUGCUCAGUUGGAGAACGAGGUGGAAACGUUGCGUUUGAGGGAAAGGGAAUUGCAAAAGUUACAAGAGAGUUUCGCGGUAGUAUCUGAAGAAAAUAAAACGCUGAAAGGCGAAUACGAAACGGUGCAGGAUAGUUGCAGGAAACUGGAACACGACAUCGAAUGCCUUCAGGCAGAGAAAAAGGAGUUAUUAAAUCGUAUUAAUGAAAACGUCUGUGAUAACGAGAAGCAAGAAAUUAUAGUUCUUUUAGAGGAAAAAACACGAGAGAAUAAUAGCUUGAAGGAUGAUAACAGUAGAUUAAUGACAGAGAUCACGAACUCGCAAAAGAAAUUACAAGAGGUCAUAGAAAGCCAUACAGAAUCGUCCACUAUGGCCAAGGAAACGAUAGAGAGCCUGUCUCAUCUUAUCAAAGAGAAGGACGAAGAAAUCGGUAGGCUGAAAAAUGAACUCGAUCUUGCGAAAAAUAAUACAGAAAUUUCGAAUCACAUCGCGACCAUACAGAACGAAAGGGACGAGCUUGUGAAGCUUGUAACCAUCAAACAUAAUGAAAGUGUACAAUAUCAUGGUGAAAUUCAAAGGUUAACACACCUAUUCAACGAGCAAACUACUCAAAUUCAGAGCUUGCUUGCAGAGAAAGACGUUAAUCUAGCUGAACUGAGGGAGAAGGAUGCUCAACUUUUGUGGUCGAAGAACGAGUUGCAAGCGGUACAGCAACGUUUGAGAAAUGCUGAAGAAUUGAACCCCAAGGAAACUUGCGGGAUUGUCGAACAUUCGACUCAGAUUGCACAGAUUGGGGUUCUUACCGAGAAGUGCAAUGCAUUAGAGGCAGCCCUGAUUCAAGAGCAAUCGAACAACAGAAUGUUACAGAAUCAACUGAAAGAAAGUCAGAGCAAAGAAGCAAGCGCUGGGAAAGAACUAGAAAGGCUACGAACACAUUUGGUUGACAUGGAAGCAAGCUACACGGAAGAUGCUUUGGUCUCUGAGGAAGCACGAAAGGAGUUAGAAGCAAAACUACAGCAAGCUGAAGAAAAAGUGAAAAUUAAUUCAAAUGCGUACACUUCUGCAAGUAUAAGGACGAAUCAACAAGUGGAAACAUUGCAGCAACAAAUGGCAUUAAUUAUUCAACAAAGAGAUGACAUACAAAAUAAGCUGUCCAGUGCUGAAGAUAAAAUUCUCUCACAAACUGCAUCAUUGACUAAUUUGCAAAUUGUCUUGGAACAAUUUCAACGAGACAAGGAGAAAGAUAUCAUAAUGGCGACAGAAAGAAUUCAGUCUAAGCUAACCGAGUCCCACAAGAAACAAGAAGAAUUAGCCAAUGACGUUAUAGUUCUUAAGGAACAAUUAGCUGAAGCUAAAGAAUGCUUGCAAGCAGCAUCCAGAUUAAGCGAGCAACUUGAUAAAAAAACAGAACGUAUUGAACAGCUAAGCCAAGAAGUGGACCGACUAACAAAUCUUGUAAACACUGCUGAUCACAGAAUAGAAGAGGCAAAACUAAGUGGAGAGAGUAAAGUUGAUAAAACUCUCAUAAAAAAUCUUUUAUUGGGUUACCUGUCUUCAUCUGCAGCAGAUAAAUCUUCUGUACUCAGAGUGUUUUCUACAGUUUUGGAGUUCAGUGAAGCAGAGAAGGAUAAAGCCGGAUUGAACAACGCAGUAGCGCAAAAUAGUUGGUUUUCUCGUUUAAGUGGUGGAUCUACAAUUCCUAACAAGGAUCAUGAAGCGUCUUUGUCAGCAGCAUUCGUUAGAUUUUUAGAAAAUGAAUCGAAACCUAAACCACAGUUACCUGCAUUACCAAUUCAAACAUCGCCGUUAUCACGACCUGGUCAUAGCAGACAACAAUCUACAUCAUCAACACAAUCUACUUCGUUACUUUCCAAUGUAAAUUUACCAACAUUCCCGGACUUUAUUCCAGCCAGAAAUACAGGAUCUAUUUUGAAAGAGGUAUUGAAGGAUAGCUGAUAUUAACAAUCUCGAUAUAUUUUA